GGUUUCUCCUUCUCAUCCCUGAUCUGUCCUCAAAUAGAAAAUAUCUACGCAAACCCUAGGCAACAAGCGCUGUGGUGGGACCCUGGUGACAUUUGAGGAUUGUUGGGUUUCCUUGCACUUUUACACUGCCACAGCGUGUUGACUGUGUUUGAAAGGAGGAAAAACAGGCCCCUGGGUGGAUUGCAGGAUAGCAAGUGCGUGGAGGCGAAAAAGGCCUUUAUAACAGAGAUGCCGUCAUCAUCCUUCUAUCCUGGCUCAGGGCCUGAUAAGAAGAUUGGCCACAGAAGAGUGGAUUCCUCAGGAGAGACCACCUACAAGAAGACCCCAUCCUCUGCCCUGAAAGGUGCCAUCCAGCUUGGCAUCGGCUACACGGUGGGCAACCUGAGCUCCAAGCCUGAGAGAGAUGUGCUCAUGCAGGACUUUUAUGUGGUGGAGAGCAUCUUCUUUCCAAGUGAGGGCAGCAAUCUGACCCCAGCCCAUCAUUUCCCAGACUUCCGGUUCAAGACCUAUGCCCCUGUGGCAUUCCGCUACUUCCGUGAACUCUUCAACAUUCGCCCUGAUGACUACCUGUACUCUCUGUGCAAUGAGCCUCUGAUCGAGCUCUCUAACCCUGGUGCCAGCGGCUCCAUCUUCUAUGUCACCAGGGACGAUGAGUUCAUCAUCAAAACAGUCAAUGCUAAAGAAGCUGAGUUUCUGCAGAAGCUGCUGCCUGGAUAUUACAUGAACUUGAACCAGAACCCUCGCACGCUGCUGCCCAAGUUCUUCGGCCUGUACUGCGUGCAGUCCGGUGGGAAGAACAUCCGGAUUGUGGUAAUGAACAACGCCCUGCCUCGCGUGUUCCGUAUGCACUACAAGUUUGACCUCAAGGGAUCCACCUACAAGCGGCGGGCUUCCAAAAAGGAGCGUGAGAAAUCCAGCCCCACCUUUAAAGAUCUGGACUUCAUGCAGGAGGUCGCAGAUGGCCUCAUACUUGACACAGUCAUGUACAACGCCCUGGUGAAGACUCUACAGAGGGACUGCCUGGUGCUGGAGAGCUUUAAGAUCAUGGACUACAGCCUGCUGCUGGGGGUGCACAACCUGGACCAGGCCGAGCGGGAGCAGCAGAUGGAGGGCUCGCAGGGCAGCGGGGACGAGAAGAGGCCCGCGCCACAGCGCGCCCUCUACUCCACCGCCAUGGAGUCCAUCCAGGGAGGGGCCAUCGACACCGAAGACACGAUGGGUGGAAUACCUGCUGUGAGUGGGAAAGGAGAAAGACUCCUCCUCUUCAUUGGCAUCAUUGACAUUCUGCAGUCAUACAGGCUCGUCAAGAAGCUGGAGCACACAUGGAAAGCGCUGGUCCAUGACGGGGAUACAGUGUCAGUUCACAGGCCCAGCUUCUAUGCCGAGAGGUUUUUGAAGUUCAUGAACAAUAAUGUGUUCAAGAAGAGUUCUUCUCUGAAGUCCUCCCCCUCCAAGAGGGGGCGUGGGUCACUGGCUGUGCCCAAAUACACUGGCCCUGGGGCUGCCUGGUCGGCUAGCCAGCUCCCCUCUGAGAGAGAUGAGCUAAUCUAUGACCUGAGAGGGGCUCGCAGUUUCCCUGCGCUGGAAGAUGAGGGGAAAGGCACCCCUCCGCUGUUUGAGGAGGCCACUACAGCCUCCAUUGCCACCACCCUCUCCUCCAACAACUCCAUCUCCAUUCCCGAGCGCUCGCCCUCAGACACCGCAGAGCACCCACGCUACAGGAGGCAGGCACAGUCACUGAGAGACUCAGAGGUCAGAUCUAAAGAAGUGGUGGACAUUCACGAAGCAGAUAAGCAGACCAUCACUGUGCAUGUAGAAGUGAAGCGAGAGACAGAGGAGGUGGUAGAUCAAGAGAGAUGUCCAGAGGAAAAGAAAGAAGGAGGAGAAGAAAAAGAAGAGAAAGUGAAGGCGGAGAGUAAAGUGGAGACAGAGCCUGCUGCUGAGCCCACACAACCUUCCUUAGAGAGCAGUGAAGUGGCUGAGUCUGAGAUUCAAGAGGCAGUUAUUUCUGAGGAUGAUACCCCACAGCCUGCCGAUUGCACUGUAGCCUCUGUUGUCCAUGAGGCUCCAGUCACCCAGGAGAUGGCUGCACAGAUCCAGCCACUGGCCUCGUCUGCAGCCCCAGUGCAUGCUGUGCCUCCCAGGCCUCGGGGUGCAGUGGACGUGGAUGCAGUGAGCCAGCUGUCCGAGUCAGCCAGCCGUGGCUCACUGGAGGAUGAAGUGCCAGUCACAGACAUCUACUUUUAUGCUGAUGGGAGGUAUUGGGUGUACUCUCCUGUUUUGCAACGCCGUAAAGUCAACUCCAGCUCUAGCAGUUUUCAGCAGCCUACAGAGGAUAGGAAUUGGGUGUACUCCCCUCUGCACUACGGCUCAGAGUCUCAGCCUGUCUCAGAUGGCGAGAACGAGACAUAAAUCUCUAUGCAGUCCUUUAUGAUGAGAUGGAAAACAGAAGAGCUCGGUUUGUGGUUUUGCAGGCUCUGUGUCUACAGGCAGAAGUGGUCGGUCACCUCCCAGAUGUCCUGCAGGAUGACGCGUGCUUUAUAGGCUGUGAUGGUUGGGGACACAUAUCAACAAAAACAACACAACAAAAAGCAAACAAAGCAAACUCCCAAUUCCAGGAGAAAAAGACCAGAGACACUGGCCUCUCCCCCUGAACAUCCCCUUACCCCUCCUUACUCCAGUUCCUGAGGUACUCCCUAGAGGCUCUUGAAGCCAAGAAUAUGUGUGAUGUGCAUGUUUGAUCCCCUACCCUCGACUUUGUCUGUGAAGAGGACAUGGUGCUAUUAGCGCCCCAAUACAGCCAUCAUUAACCUUUCCAGAGAAAGACUGAGGCCAUAUUGACUGGACUUUAGCAGGC